UCUACAAAGUAAAAUUUGUAAUGUCGGAGGGAAAUAGAACCGAUGAUGGCGACAGAACUCUCUUUAAGCAGCAAGAAACUUCUCAAAUCAGCUCUUUUCUCAACGAAUUUCCGGCGAGUACUAAUGUUCUUGUUGUCGAACCCAAUUUUGUAACUUUACUUAAGAUGAAAAAACUCAUGAGCAAAUAUGGCUAUCAAGUGACGAUUUAUGCGGAUGCAGAAUCAGCUCUCGCGUUUCUGAGAAACCGUGAACAUGAGAUUAAUCUCGUGAUCUGGGAUUUUCAUAUGCCUGGAACUAAUGGAAUCCAAGCUCUCAAAAUCAUUUGUACAGAGAUGGAUCUGCCUGUCCUAAUUAUGUCUGAUGAUGACCGAACAACAUCGGUGAUGGAAGCAAUGGUUCAUGGUGCAUGCUACUAUGUUACGAAACCAGUUAGAAAGGAGGUCUUAGCCAAUAUAUGGCAACACAUUGUACGUAAAAGGAUGAUGCCUAAAUUAAGUGUAAUUCCACCGGUUCAAUUAGAUGGGGUUCAUAAUCAAGACAGUUUCAAGCAAGACAAAGAUGACCCCAUGCCCGUGGACCAAGGUAAUAGUGAACAAAAUAUCAAUAUGAUAGGAGAAAAUCUACCAAUCCAAUCAGAUUCGGUUCAGAGUGACGGUUUAGACCAAGACAACAACGAUUCACGGACCACAAGCCCAUACAACGGUGGACAAAACAUUGAUGGAGAAGAAAGAAGACAACUGAAGAAACGGAUGGAGUGGACUAGAGAUCUUGAAGAGAAAUUUCACAAAGCCAUCGAUGAUCUUGGUGGUGCAAAAAAAGCUAAUCCCAAGCGACUUCUCAAAAGGCUGGAAGAAAUGAAUGUCAAAGGGCUCACUAGAAGAAUUGUGUGUAGUCAUCUUCAGAAAUAUCGUCUUAGUCUUCAGGGAAAACAAACCACUCAACCGAUGCAAGAGUUUCGUUGGUCCCGUGCAUGUACAAAUUCACCUCUCUUAGAUUGGAACAAUGUUCACAGUGCAACAUCGUCCCUUAUAAAUGGUGGAGCCUCUUAUCCCCCGGCCCGGAAGCAAUAUCAAAAUGGCUACAUGGCAGUGAACAACAACAACACUGCAUCAUCGUCCCUUAUGACUGGUCGAGCCACUUACCCGGUCCAGGACAAUCAGUAUCAAAAUGGCUACAUGGAAGUGAACAACAACAACACUGCAUUAUUGUCCCUUAUGAGUGGUCGAGCCACUUACCCGGUCCAGGACAACCAGUAUCAAAAUGGCUACAUGGAAGUGAACAACAACCACGCUGCAUCACCGUCCCUUAUGAAUGGUCGAGCUACUUACCCAGUCCAUGAAAAUCAGUAUCAAAAUGGCUACAUGGAAGUGAACAACAACCUCGCGGCAUCAUCGUCCAAUGGUCGAGCUACUUACCCGGUCCAGGACAAUCAGUAUCAAAAUGGCUACUUGGGAGUGAACAACAACCAGGUCAUGACCAAUACUAUGCCUCGUUUGCCAUAUGAUCUUGACCAUGAUCACCAUUUGCAGAAGCAGAAGCUUGAACAACAACAUAUGCUUUCUAAUCAAUUGAAGCCUGAAAAUGCUUCCAGCAGCGAUAUAGAAGAGGAUCGGGGACUGACGUAUACUGUGCCUCGUUUGCCCUAUGAUCUCAGCCAUGGGAACCAUCUCCAGCAGCAACAAGAACAUCAGCUUCCUCAUCGAUGGAAUAACGUUAUGAGUAACAAUGAACCGGAACUAGCUUCCGGCAAUGGUGUAACGGGCCCCGAGGGGGUUGAUCCAAGUUUACCGUAUGACCCAAACGAGCUCUUUAUCAACGGGUAUAAUUACAAUCAGUAGUUUGGCUGUCUCUUUAAUUACUUAAUCAUGCGUAGGAGAUUAUUCGGUUUCUUGGAAGUUUCAUGAUUGUGAGAGAAUCAUCAGUGACAUGAAGAAAAGGAAGUGAAGAACGAGAGCAUGCAUGUGACUUGUUUUGUGAGUCGCAAGAAGAUUAGGUUUGUUGUUAUUCUAUGGAACUCAUUUCAAAUACUGGUCAGUGAUAAUAUGCAUAUCAGUAAAACAGUAUCAAUGUAUUUCAUUUUCUUAU